AUGAUUGCUUCGGAUUACACCAUACAGAAAGAGGCGGAACGUAUAUUCCGAGAGGUGCUCAUUGACGGGGACAGACUUGGACUUCCAGACUCCGUCAAAGAACUCGCUUCGAAAACGACUUUCGAUGCGACAGCUAUCUCAGAACCAUAUAUUCCAUGUCCUCUCAAAUUCACCGAGUCCAGCGCAUCACUAUGGGCACUUGCAGCUACAUACGGGAAUGCUAUCGCCAAAGAUCGCUUCGGAGUGGACCAAUCCGUCGUCGUGAACACCGACAUUGCAUCUCUGUUCCUCACGUCUAGUGCUCUGGCGAGAGUAGACGGCAAGAACCUUAGCGACCCCUCAAUUGCCGCAAGAUACAUCAAGUAUGAUCUGGGAAAGAUGUUUAUCGAGCCAUCGCGGCGUCUUAGCACGAACAUCUAUCCAACCAAGGACGGCCGCUGGUACCAUACUCACGGAAGUAUGAAUGCGGACAAGGUUCUCACCAUGCUUGGGCUUCCGCUGCACGACGGGGAAAAAGAUGAGAAGAAGGUUAUCGAUCGGUUUUGCGCCAAAGUCAAGGAAUUCGAUAGCGAAUACCUCGAUGUCUUAGAAAACGACCACUUCCGCCAGGCCGGGACCAUCUGUCUCACUCCGGAGGAAUACAAGAAAUCACCCCAGGGCAAAGCGGUGGGAGAUGACCCGCUAUUUCUACUCGAACAGUCUUCUCAAGACACUUUACCUCCGGUUCCUUGGCCCAAGAAUGCUUCAAACACGUUCAGGCCACUGGAAGGCAUUAAGAUCAUAGAUAUUUCCCGGGUCAUCGCCGCACCUACAGUCACGAAGCUAGCAGCGUUAUUUGGGGCUACCGUUGUUCGCGUAUCGUGUGACUUUCAGCCGGAUAUGGGCCCUUUACUUGUGGAUGGCAACCUCGGGAAGCGAGACGUUUCUCUGAAUCUGAAAAGCAACGAAGGCCGUCAAGCUCUCGAAAAGCUUCUGGAGGAGGCCGAUGUCAUUCUCGACGGCUACCGACCCGGCGCUUUGGAGAAACUCGGGUUCGGACCAACCUACGUACAUGAGCUGGCAAAACAACGGGGCAAAGGCAUCGUAUACGUUCGCGAGAACUGCUACGGAUGGAAGGGGCCAUUCGCGAAUCGAAGCGGUUGGCAACAAAUAAGUGAUUGUGUCACUGGCGUGAGCUACCUCCAAGGCCAAUUCCUCGGCCUCGAUGAGCCUAUCGUCCCUCUCCUCCCUAAUUCCGACUACCAAACCGGCGUAACCGGCCUCAUCGCCAUCCUCCACGGUCUCAACGGCCGCGUUACUACCGGCGGCAACUUCCUAGCUUCCAUCUCCCUCAACCAGUUCAACUCGCAUCUCCUAUCUCUCGGGACGUACUCGUCAUCAAUCCAGUCCGCGCUCCGCGCUCAACACGCUGACCUGCACCUCCGCCACUACGACGACAUGAUCAACCUCGUUUCCAAGACGCUGAAGUCCCUCUUUGGGGCCGUACCUCACUUGCUCAAGCCGACUUACUUCGACAGCAUCAAGAGUAAUCUCGGAGGAGAGAAGGAGGAGGACUUGACGCAUGUGAAGAGCGUAGCGACGUUUAGUGAGACUAAGCUGGGGUAUGAUGUUGGGAGCUGCUUUUUAGGGCAGUAUGAGGCAGUGUGGCCAUGAGCGACGCGUUCUAGGUGGAAGUAGAGAAGCUUUGAGACAAGGAACUCUACAUGUCUAUAUAUAUGAGAUAUGGAUUGUAGACAAGAAGAUAUUCUUCAUGCUCCCUUU